AUGUCCGGCGUCUAUGUUCUUCAUCAGCGGCGCCCACGUCCUUCAUCGGCGGCGUUCAUAGAAUGCAAUCAUCGCCUAUCGAGGGAGUCUUCAUGCGUGCCUCUCUUCGCCACCUUCCAUCCCGCGCUCUCCCCCGCCGCGCGCGCGUCCGUCUUCGCGCGCGUGGACGCGCUGCUGGGGGCGCAGCGCGUGCCGGGGCUGCGCGGGUGGUGUGUGGGGCCGCCGGUGCGGGUUGAGACGUCCAGUACCUCGGUAAGCACAACAACGGCGGAGUUCGGCGGAGAAGGAGGAUGGGUAGAUGGGGAAGAUGGGGAAGAUGGGAAACGAGAAGGGGAAGAUGGGAAACGAGAGGGGGAAGAUGGAAAACAAGGAGGGGACGAUGGGAAGCGAGAAGGGGAAGCAAACGAAGGACGUGAAGGAAUGAUGGCCGGCAACGAACGUGCCGAGGGUAAGGAUUUCGGCUUCGCGGCCGAGUUUGAGGAUAUGGAUGCGUUUCGCGCCUCCCUCCCGCACGAGUGGCAUCAUGAGAUCUACCGCCUCGUCAAGCGCGCCACGGUUGGCAAGUUCUUCAUCUACCAGAUCGAUACGGAGCGGGGGCGGGGAUGGAGGGCAGCGCCCCCAGGAGCGGUAACGCCGCCAGGAGUAGAUCGGAGGAGUCGCGUCGAAGAGGCGGAUGCGGGUGUGCACGCGGCUGCGCGAAUAGCAGAUCAACGCAAGGAUGUGCGGUUGGGGAGCGAGAGCGUGCGGUUGGGGAACGAGGACGUGCGUCUCGGGCGUGGAGAGGAUGUGCGUCUCGGGCGUAGAGAGGACGUGCGGAUGGAAGCAGAAGCAUGCCCUUCAGAGAAACGUGAUGUUCGCGAGAAACGUAAUGUUCGCGAGAGGACUUCGCAUGCGUGGCUCGCGCGUGGCUGGCGAGAGGAUCGGCGGUGGCGGGCGAGGUUGUGAGGCGCGUUGUUAUGCUAUUAGAGAUUAUGUUCUUAUCAAUUUCGCAAUUGCGGAAGGCUAUGGCGUGUAUUCCGCCGAAAAAAUAAUCACGGUCGCGUUUCCG